GGAGUUUCGUUACGGGGCCUGACCUCAACCGGAUCAUCGUCGUUGGAUCGUCGUUCAAAAACGAGGAGCAAAAACGAGAGCAACAUAAAAAAAAUCAGUCAGCAGGAAAAUAAGAAGAUAAUCUACUAAUGAUGUGGACGCCCAACGAAAGAAAAAUCCAGAAGUCAAACAAUGGAAUUGGAACGAGAUUGAUUCGUUUCGAGAAAAAUGAAAUUUCCAAAAUAUCGCUGUCGGAAAACUUACGAGAAUAUUGCUUGAAUACAACAAUUCAUGGUCUCAAAUAUGCGGGAACAGUUAGCCUGUCAAUCGUUGAGCGAGGUUUUUUCAUCGUCUCGUUCUUCCUGGUGGUCACGCUGUCGAUCUACUUCAUUAGCAAUGUUUAUCAGAAGUGGCAAUCGACGCCGAUCAUCAUCGGACUGAAUCCGAUCGCGACCAACAUUAAGGACAUUCCCUUUCCGGCCGUGACAAUCUGCAACAUGAACCAAGCUCGCCGAUGGGCUGCCGAGCGAGUCAAACCUAACAGCUUGGAGCAGGACGUUCUCAAUAGUAUCUGUUCUCUUGACGGGGAGUUCAACACGAGCAGCUACGUAGGAAAAUGGUCCAAUGUGCGGAAGAUGUUGCUCAGCUCGACGCAGCCCUGCGAUCAGAUGUUGCAGGGCUGUCGCUAUGCGCAGAAGAUUCAAAAGUGUAUGCACAUGUUUCAGCCGGUGCUAACCGACGAGGGGCUUUGCUGUACGUUCAAUAGCGUCGAUCAGGCUCACAUGCUGCAGCAUGAGGAUAAGGCGAACGCUUAUAUUCCCGAGGCGGAUAAUCCCUUUGAGCCUAUCGAGUGGACUCCGGAAGGAGGAUUUGUGGGGUCGAUCACGAACGCGAGCUUUCCAAGGAAUAUUGCUGGUAUUGGAGCACACAUGGGCCUAACGGUAGUCCUCGAUGCCAACGUGAGUGACUACUACUGUUCCUCGACCAGCUCCUACGGCUUCAAGCUACUGCUGCACAAUCCAACCGAAACACCUAAAAUGGCCGACUUCGCCAGCUACGUAAUGGUGGGCACCGAAAACCGGAUCAUCGUAACCCCACGCAUCAGCGACGCAUCCUUCCUGAUACGAAAGUUCGUUCAAGGCCAGCGACAGUGCGUAUUCGCCAACGAGGCCAAUCUGUCGUACUUUAAAACCUACUCGAGGAACAACUGCGAGAUGGAGUGCGAAGCACGGUUGAUUCAGGAAAACUGUGGCUGCGUGCUGUACUACAUGCCGAAGCUGACCGAGGAUGUGAAGAUUUGCAGCCAAGCCGAUGCUCACUGCUACGAGGAGAUCCGGACGUCGAUUGCUUUUACCUCGAAUACGAGCCUGAUGUGUACCUGUCUGCCCGGUUGCUUCGAAAUAAGCUAUGCCAUGGACAUAUCGACGGCCGAUUUAUGCGUCGGAAAGUUUCAGGUUCGUGAAGAACUGCUGACUCAGAAUGAUUCUUAUGCGAGGCAUAACGUUGCCUUAGUUUACAUCUUUUUCAAGGAUACCUACUUCAGAAGUUUCUCGAAGGGAGAACUUUUCGGAUUCACCGAUUUUCUGUCCAAUAUUGGUGGUCUCCUGGGACUGUUCUUGGGAUUUUCAAUCAUCUCGGUUGCGGAGGUUCUUUACUUCUUGACGCUGCGCCCAUAUUUUGCCAAACGAAGGGAACGAAAAUCGCAGGCUGCAGCGGCCCCCGUCAUUCCACGGGAUCACGAGCGAGAUUUCCACGUAUUCUAUAAUCAUGUUAUGCCGCAAAAGGAUACAAACGGAACUCUACCGCAGGCCAGGUACAAAAGCCAGACAGACGGAACAACCACGACCAGAGAUUGGCCAAGCGAGCUGAAACUUUUCAUAACCAGCCGGGUGGCCAUCGCGACUAAAUGGGUCGAAAAUGCCUUCCGGUUGCAAGAGCCGAAAAAAGUGUCCACUUUCCCCUUUUACGAGUAGAUUGUAGAAUGAUGUUCUUAAGUUUAAAUAUGGAAUUUUCGAGAAAAUCUACAGCCAGACGAAAGCUAAACAAAGCUUAACAUAUCAACGUGGAAGUAAGUUUAUUGUUUUCCGUUUUUUUGUUGAGCACCACGAGAUGUAUCCUUUGGCCCUGUCUUAAAUUGACAAUAUAACAAGCUUAAACCGUAAAUCGAUCUGUAUCACAGCGGUUCCUUUUUCGAAAUCUUAGUUUAUUUAAUAGUUUUGUAGUUUCAAGUGCGUGAAUGUUUCCUAUUGUGCUGGAGUAAAAGAACGACCAUU